AUGGCUCAGGACAUGACAGAAAAGGAUCUGCUAAAGCUGGAGGUGGAACAGCUAAAAAAGGAGGUUAAAACAGAGAGAACACUGGUCUCCAAAUCUGCAUCAGAAAUGAAAUCAUAUGUUGAGUCAUUAGCAACGGAUGAUCCAUUGUUGAAAGGGGUUCCUGAAGAUAAAAACCCAUUUAAGGAGAAAGGGGGCUGUUCUGUAUCCUGA